ACUCUGCGUUAAAUCGUCACAGCUGAUUCAGGGUCAGUCAACUGUAUGCUAUUAUGUAUAAUGUACACAUUCACAUUGCGAUAACCCGACACUUACUUCCGUCUCGAGGAAACGUGAUGUUAUAUGUCAGGACGAUGGGUUUGACAGCGGGUUUAAGUGUGCAGAGUUUACGUUGUCAGAUGUUUAGAUCACUGUGUGUCAGUAAAUGUUAUAACUCGCAUUCCUUUAACACAAAAGCAGUUUACACAUGCGCAGUGCGGUCACGCAACAACACACCGUUUAGGACGUGCUGGACAGCACCAUGUGUGUCCCAUAUGAUGAACAUAAGGGCACUGUCCACUUUACCUCCACCACCCUCAUCUGAACAGAACAAAUCCAGCAACAGGAAAUCUGGCCCUGUUACUUGGAAAUCUCUCGCUAUUACAUUUGCAUUGGGAGGAGGUCUACUUCUUGGCAUGAAAUAUUUCAAGAGAGAAAAAGAGGAAAUGAUUGAGAGAGAAAGAAUCAAAUCAGUGGGAAAACCAGCACUUGGUGGUCCAUUCAAUCUGGUAGACCACAACAAUAAACCCACAAAGAGUGAAGAUUUCCUCGGACAGUGGGUGCUGAUCUAUUUCGGUUUUACACACUGUCCAGAUAUUUGUCCUGAUGAGCUGGAGAAAAUGAUUGAAGUCGUUGAUGAGAUAGACAGAAUUAAGACCCUUCCGAAUUUAACACCAAUCCUCAUCACAAUUGAUCCUGAUAGAGACACACCAGAGGCAAUGUCAGCAUAUGUCAAAGAAUUUUCUCCCAAGCUGAUUGGAUUAACAGGCACGACUUCUCAAAUUGAUCAAGUGUCCAGAGCCUACAGAGUGUACUACAGCCAGGGCCCUAAAGAUGAAGACAACGACUACAUAGUCGACCACACCAUCAUAAUGUACCUGGUGGGACCUGAUGGCCAAUUUCUGGAUUAUUUUGGACAGAACAAGAAAUCUUCUGAGAUCUCCGGCUCCAUUGCAUCUCACAUGAGGAAGAAUAAACAGGGAAAGUGAUGUGGCGCUGUUAGGUGUGAAGGGGUUAAAGGGAACUGCUUCACCAUCUAUUCCAAAUCUCCAUACACAAUGUCUUUUCUGUUUGUUUUAAGUGCAGCUCUGAUUUAACAAGUCAAAGAUUUCAUUACCUAAUGAUCAAAUAUUCAUUUAUAUUUAUUCAUAUUUGUUGUGUCAUAAAAAUGUAUCCAUUGCAUUACUAUGUACUUUGCUGAUUUAUGAAUUGAUUGGUCAGUUGACAGUCACUAAACGUUCUCCUUUUAUAACUAGUGAAUCUGAUCCUACUUGAGAUUUUUAUUUACUGUAAGUGAUCCUCUUCUUCAGUUUAGGAUCUGUUGCACAGCACCAUGUGUGUCCUCCACCUCCUUACCAGGGGCGUUGCUAGACAUAAAGCCCUAGUGGGGCACAGGCCCCCCAUUUUUUUUAAAGAUUUUUUUAAAGCCUGCUGUGUGCAACACUUCUAUAAAAUUUCCUUUGCUUACCUACUGUUCAUACAAUGCAACCAGUACUGGGAAAGAUAAACAUUUAUUUAAAAAUAUUUAAGUAUAAUCUUUAUAUACUUAACACUUUUAACAUGUUUGGUGGCAUAAAUAAUGAGAAAAUAGAGAAAAUAUGUCCUUGCAUUUUACAUUAUAUAAUGAUAACAAUGAUUAAUAACUACUUUUUCGCAAUAAUAUUUUUACAAUAACACUAUUUCAAGAAACCAGUCAUUUUAUAGUCAUAGUUACUGCUAACUGUUUAUGUACUGUCCUAGAGUUAAAUAUUAGUAAACUAAAUAUUAAUUUCAUAUCUGAAAAUACAGAACAGUAUAACACAUACAUCCGUUGAUUUUCUCAGCAACAAUGCAAUUUUAUAGACUUGACAAGAGGUUUUCCUGAGAUUUUUGCGUCGCUUUUACAAAACUGAUAGGGGCAGUGCUCGAAUUGAAUCAAGUCUCAUGGGGGGUCCCCACCAUGACAUGGCAGCAAACCAAAAAUGGCAAAACAUUACUACCUUUAAACACAAAUGUAUGAUUUGUGUAAUACUUUCCAAAAUAUUUUUGUAUAAAGGCUGGAAACUAAUACAAUACAACACGAGUAGAGCAUUCUACUUCCUAUAUCUCACUAGGAAAAGGUGGAUACUGGAGGAUCACAGUGACAUCACACCGUUCUCAUACUGUGAUAAUCAUAUUUGAGCUUAUUGUGAAUUCACAAUGUUGAGUUCAUGGUAUGAGUGUGCCAUGACUUCACAUAAUGACCAUGAUUAGCACACUUUGAGUGUACCAUAACCUCACAUCAUGACCGUAGUAUGAGUCACAAUCUGUGACUCAUAUCAUGGUCACAAUGUAAAGUCACGGUACACUCACAGUAUGGCAAGCCGUUUUAACUUUUAUUCGUUGAGUUCUUGAUAUCAACAAUUCAAUUUUCACUAGUUAAAAUUUUAAUUCUUGAUAUCAG